UCGCACACGUUUACCCGAUAGAAUUUAAUAUAAAACCUCUUUAUUCCCACCUCUUGUUCUAUAUUGCAAACUGUCAAAUCUAUUUUUUAUCUAUGCCAGUGAACGUCAUAAUUGCCGCGCGUUUUGACAGGUGACUUUUUUAAUUACCGCCGUAGUGUUGUGUUGUGUGUGUGUGGAUUGUGAGGGAUACGGUUUUUUUAAGAUGGCGUAACAACCUUUCCAUCAUGGCGGCGGUGUCCUCCGCGCACAUACAGGAUCGCAUCAAGAUCCAGGACCACAGCGACGAUGAGCACGAGCCCUUCUCCCCACACAGGGAUACCCCUGAACCUGAAGAAGAAACCAGACAAAUACACACAUCCCCCUUCUCUAUACACAAUGUGCUUAAGAAGGAACGGGAUAGCAACAGUCCGGAGAACGUCUUCUCAACAGAUAAGCUGCUACAGAACACUCCACACUAUGAAGAUAGUCAGUCUAGAAACUCAGAAAGCGUCAGCCCUAGAUUGGAUGAUGAAAACGCAACAGAAAUAAGCGUGGAUGACAAUUCAUGUUGUAGCGAUGACACUGUACUAUCUGUUGGUAACGAAGCACCAGUUAAUUAUGAUAAACCAGACAACCAGUUAACGUCCUUCAAACACAUACAAACGCAUUUAAACGCUAUAUCCCAGUUGAGUCAAAACCUAAAUAUGAAUCAACCGCUCUUGCUCCGACCCAAUCCGAUCACGCCAAACCCUCUAAUGUUCCUAAACCAACCGCUACUGUUUCAAACGCCUCUCAUAAAUCAUGACCUAAAAAGCGUCCCUAGGGCACCCCAGAGUUAUAACCCACAAUUCAGUGGCUUCAGACGAAGCCAGGAAUUUUCUAGAACUGACGAGAAUAGGCGGCAGAAUUUCAAGUCACCGGAAGAGUCCGAAGGGGACUUUAUGAAUCAAAAUUGUCUGAAAUUUAGCAUAGAUAAUAUUUUAAAAGCUGACUUCGGUAGGCGUAUUACGGAUCCUUUGAACAAAAGGAAGACUGUGAAAGCAAGGUUUGAAGGCAAGAAGGAUGUGCCUGUUACUAAACCUGAAGAGGCUAGGGUACCUGAAGUGAAACCAAGUGAUAAAGGUGCUAUAGAUUUGUCAAAGGUUGAUGAUGCUGCGAGCAAUUCGGCGUCUAGUGGAGGGACGCCAAGCGGGGACGGUCCCAUGGUGUGGCCCGCGUGGGUCUACUGCACUAGAUACAGCGAUCGACCUAGUUCCGGUCGAAGUAAGUAUGGAUCCCAGUCUCAUGGUCCACGGACUAGGAAACCCAAAAAACCACCUGGGGACACUAACAACGAUGAAAAGAGACCAAGAACAGCUUUCUCUGGACCACAAUUAGCAAGACUGAAGCACGAGUUCGCAGAGAACCGCUACCUCACGGAACGACGGCGGCAGGCGCUGGCCGCGGAGCUCGGGCUGGCGGAGGCGCAGAUCAAGAUCUGGUUCCAGAACAAACGCGCCAAGAUCAAGAAGGCGUCGGGCCAGCGCAACCCGCUCGCGCUGCAGCUCAUGGCGCAGGGACUCUACAAUCAUAGCACGAUACCGCUCACUAAGGAAGAGGAGGAACUGGAGAUGAAGGCCAGGGAACGGGAACAGCAGACGAGACAUUGAAGGUUUGGUGACAGCCUUAGAUGUUCUGAUGUUCAUUUUUGACAGACAUUGAAAGUGUGCUAGUGUACAAUGUAGAUCGAGUGAACAGGUACCUUCUAGGGAAGCGCGUUCCAUCUUAGACCACAUCUCAGCUUAACAUCAGGCGAGAUUGUGGUCAAGCGCUUCCCUAUUACCAAUAAAAAGAAGAUAUUUUAAUGUUCAUUUUUGACAGUAUUGUAAUUAAAUUGGACACAGUUUUGUAAAUAUCCUUUGAUGUUUCAUGAUCUGAGUAUUGUUAGGUAACACUUUGAUAAUUAUAUACAUAAUUAUAUUAUCUAGGUCGACACUUUAAAUCCUUAUCUUCAGUCCUUUUUUAACCUUCGAAAUAAUGAUUAUUUGAUGUUAUUUUGGUAACAGUGUUUGAUUGGGUUUUUUGAAUGAUUUUACUUGAUUUUUAGUAAGUCAUGGAAAACAGUAUAAAAUGAUGUGUCAUAAAAAUCUACAUUUAAAUUUCAAAAAACACUUGUUAAAACUACAAUAUAUCGCUACACUGAUUUUUGUAUAGAAAUGUAAAUAUUUAGUAAAAUUGUUGUAUUGUGUGCAUACGCCCUAAUACCCUAAUAGCAUAGAUUAGGCAGUUAAUGUAAUACUAAAUUUACCAUACACCUUUUUUGUAGUAGGUAAAGCUGAAAUUGAAACGGGAAUAAAUGUGCUAUUGUUUCUAUUUAAAUUAAAAGUAGGGUCUGAAAAAAUGUAUAUUUCAAGUGAUAUUUUAUGAAUAGAUAUUAAAACAGUAAAAAACUUUAUUGUUCUUCAGAUAUUUCAGGCAAAAUUGGUUUAAUUCUUUUCAUACUUCUCAGUACUUUUGUAUUCAGUCAAAAUUUGAUAUUGUGAAUAUUAUCUAAUAUAAUUUUUUACCUGUUUCGGCUUUAUUAUACUAAAUAUCUAGUUAUAUAAAAAAUAACCACAAAUUUUCUGACAAUUCCCUGCUCUCUUGCGUACGUUUUAAUAAAAUUGUUAUUCGUCUAUGUUACGUCUUACCGCGACCGUAGCCACGGACAGACUGAAAUAG